AGCAGCAAAAGUUCGAAAAGUAUGGCGGCGGAGUGUUUGACAACUAUAACAGAGCAAUGGAUACGGGACAGAUUACAAUUAAAACAUCCCUGUCUUGGUGAUGUCCGCUCAUUGAGCCUCCCGGGGACCUAUGAGGAGAAGAUAAGACAUCUGGGAAACGCAUUGAACAACUUUGUCCGUCUGAAAUCUCUGGAUCUCUCCUGCAAUGCCCUCGUCUCUAUUGAGGGAGUGCAACACUUGAAAAAGUUGGAAAGGCUGAUUCUGUACUAUAACUGCAUACCGUCCCUUGAAGAGGUGAAAGUGGUGUAUGAGCUGUCGGCUUUGAGAGAGUUGGACCUCAGACUCAACCCUCUGACCAAAAGUUACCCAAACUACCGCCUUUAUCUGGUGCAAGCCAUGCCCAACCUACGCAAGCUUGAUAGCUGUCCAGUCAGAGACACUGAACGUAAAGCCACCAUAAUGCAGUUCUCCUCUGACCUUCUACCUCAGCAGAAGAGCUCCUGUCUAAAUCGGGGUGGAGACCAAAAAAGCAGCGAUCAGAGACUGGCUUUAGUUGACCGCUUAACCAAGAGGCUCUCUCUCCUGACUGACACCGAUGAUGUUGUACUGAACUUUGUGGCGAUGAAUCAUGAAGGCCAAAGUGAAACCAUCUCUGACUCUGUUCAUAACGAAACAGGAGAACCAAGAAAGGAAGAAUCACAAGAUUUUACAGAACAGAGAAGUUCAACUCCAAAACAGGAAACAGCUAAAUCAAUCCUCAGGAAUCCUCCUUCAAAAUAUGAUAACACAGAGUCCAAAGUGCCACACAUGAAAGAUUCAUCUCAUAAAAAAGGUUCUACCAAAUUAAAACUCAAUGAGAGACCAAAAGUUUCCUUCGGCCCCUAUGUAGAGGAACGCAGACCUGUACCUGGAAAGCAAAAGGACUUCCCCAAACAUGCCAGGCAUGCAGCCAAGGGACAUUUCACCCCCAAUCCUGAUCAAAGUCGCUGCCAAAGUUCUUCAUUUAUUAAUAUCCGGCCUCCCAGUCCACAUCGUCCCGGUUUGAAUCUGUCUGACCCUACCAACCCCACUUUACAUCCUCCAAGACUGACCUACUCUAGCUUCAACAAGACAGAAGGGGGCACCAGCCUGCUGCAGCAAGCAGAGAAGAAAAAAAGAGGUAGUUACAGGAAACCCCUGGAGAUGCUCCUCAAUCUCGUGGACAAACACUGGACGGGAGAGAGAUCUCUGCAUCAUAACAACAACUUCCUGUCUCAGGCAGUACAGAUCCUCUCUAUGAUGGAAAACGAUAUUUCCAGCCGGGAGGCUGAGGUCAGGAACUUAAGACGGGAAGCUGAUGCGCUGAGCUUUCAAGCGGCUGCACGAGAGGAAGAGCACAAAACCGAAGUCGGUAACCUCUCUGCUCAGCUGGAGGAAACUCGCAGUGCAGUUGGUAAACUAAAUGAGCAGCUGAGGAUUGUAUUGGAGGAGAAUGUCGCUCUACAGAAACAGCUCAUCAAGUUAGAACGACAGUAUCUCAAAUCUAUGAUGAAAAGUUCACCUAUUACUCAGAUUAAAGAGGCCCAGACAGAAGUGGAGGAGCUGAGAAAAGAGAUCGAGGGGCUGAGGGAGAAAGUGCAGGAGGCUGAGAAAGUCAAGGAACUGUCAAACAUGCUGCAAGAAAGCCACAGGUCCCUGGUGGCUACCAAUGAGUGUUUGCUGGCUGAGCUGAAGGGAAGUGGGGAACAUUAAAGAAAAAUUUGAAACGAGGAGAUGCACACCAGUACAGAAAUAUCAAAGCCAGACUCUCCUGUAGGUCAUAUUAGCAUUGCAGUCACUGCAUGAGGCCCAGCAGCUAAAGACUGUUUUUAAUUCGUUUUUAUUUUAUUUAUAUCAGUGCACUGCGCAAUAAUUUUUUGUGUGUAUUAACUUCCUUGCCCCUUUGAUAAAUGAAGUGUUUAUUAUUUAAAAAAUAUGUAUAGAUAGGCUGUGUUUGCUUGAUGUAAACAAUAACGGGGGAAAGGCAAUUCAUUCGAGCAAGGCUGUGUAUAAGUGUGUGACAGUGCUGUUAUGUUAACAAAUGAUUUUAGGGGAAAAAAUGUUAGUGAGAUGGUCAUAAUGUAUUUCCUGGAUCAGUGGCAAGAUCGUGUCUCUCUUUGCUGUUUUUUCCCUGUUUUUAUUUUUUUUUUUUAGGUCAGUUGUGUCUCCAUCUGCUUUGUACUCUGCAGUGGAAUGAAUGCAUCUUGAGUCCAGCUGCACUGUGACUUUAUUUAUACCUCUGCCUUAGGGUUGGAGAGCCACACGCGCACACACACACACACACACGCACUUUCUUCUCACAGACACUAAUGUAAGACCUGGCAAACCAGGUUAGGAUGUGUUUUUAAUGUGAAUGUUACAGGUCACUGGUUGGUGCUACUGGUAGGGAGGUCAACAGUGUUCCUUAAAAAGCCAAAAAGAAUAUGAAACAUUAUUUUCACUGCUACCCCUUAACUUGCUCAGCAGAGGUUUUGGGGUGUGUUUUGUUUUUCCUUUUUUUAUUUUAAAUUUAUUUAUUUUUUUCAAUAAAGCACUACAAAUCAUGAACACA